UUUCUCUCUGAUUCUCUUUGUUCUGAAUGUGCUGUUUACACACCUGUAAAGUGUCUUGAGAUAACUCUGUGAUGAAUUGGCACUUUAAAUAAAACUGAAUUGAAUUAAAUUGAACGAAGUGGCUUAAAAACCAGGGAAAAUGAGAUGACAUCAGACAUGCAUUAAACAACUUAAUGAAUUGUGAAUACAUAUCAAUAUUUCUUCUGUCUUUGUCUUCUUUGCUGUUGUCCAUCAUUACUGAUUUACUUCUCAGCUUUGCUAAAAAGUGCAAAAGAAAAAUUAAAGGGAGGAUCACAUCAGGUAUUGUCAUUGUUGACAUACCUGACAACCUUUCUGGGUGUGAACAGCAAUAUAAAAAAAGAGGAAAUGAGAGAGGGAGCAGCAUUAAAAUUAGUGAACUCUGUUUGUUACUGGAAAAGCAGAUAUGUUUGUCCUGAUGCAGGUGGAUGGUGAACUGCUGACCCUUAAUAGCUCAGCUCAUAUGGUUGGCUAUUUGGAGAUCUCUAAGAACGAAACUGGAAUCACUGUCAAGUCCACGGAGCAUGAGUUCGUCACUCACCUCUUCUUUGAUGGCCACAAGGCACAGAUGAGCAUCACAGGACCUGCUGGACCACAUACAUCCAUGUAUGGGUUGUGUGCUUACCCCGGGGAUGUUGAACAUAUGAAGUUCCCUUACAUCGAGGCCAGAGACUGUGAUGUGGAGCACAACGACACUGUGGACAGCACCAUCGACUGUGAAGACAUGACUGAACGCUGUGGUCUCCUGAAUGAGACGAUCUUCAGUUCCUGUCACAGCCACACCGACCCAACGCCCUACAUAACCGCCUGCGCCGACACUUUGUGCAGUUAUCCUGACGUGGACGGUCUCUACUGUCAGUUCAUGGAGGCCUACGCCAGAGCCUGCAGCCUGCGGAGCAACGACACACUGGACUGGAGGACAGAAACGGGCUGCUCCUCCCCUCAGGUCUUCUGUCAGGACAGGAUCUGCAGUGACCACGAGUUCUGUGCUCAGACAGUCGGUGGUGAACCCGCCUGCUUCUGUCGGGCCAUUUUUGCCUCCCCGUACAGAUCGACAGACUCUUAUGGUGAGCCAAUGGUCUGCGACCAGACCUCUGCUUCAGUUACUCUGGUCGGGUGUCUCCUGGAGGAAAAAGGCUUUGACUACACAGCAUUACAUCUCAAUGAUGAGACCUGCAGGGGUGUGACAGACGAGCUGACCCACAUGGUGACCUUCAGCUUCAACAGCAGCAACACCUGUGGGGCCGUGGUCACGGCAAACAACAGCCAACUGAUCUACAAGAACACCAUCACCAGCUCCUCUGACGUCAUCAUUCGCAACAACCAAGUUAACAUCGACUUCUCCUGCGUCUUUGCUCAGCCAGACAUCAACACUAUGUCCUUCAGAGUCAGAGAGAGCUCUGUAGUCCAGCAGAUCACAUCUGGAUCUUGGAAUUACAAUCUGACCAUGAAGGCCUACACCAACGCUGGCCUCACACAAGCUGUGGAGUCGGGCACUGAAGUCCAGUUGAACCAGAAGGUCUGGGUGGAGCUGGACACUGAGGGGCUGGAGGGCGGGUUAUUUUCUGUGGUGACCGACGCCUGCUGGGCAACUGAUCAGGAAUCACCCAGUGCGAGUCCGAGAUACGACCUGAUCAUAGAUGGCUGUGCGAACCCUGCUGACCAGACGGUGGAGGUGGAGGGAAACGGAAUGGGAACAUCCACCUCCUUCUCCUUCAACAUGUUCCAGUUCCCUGGGAGCUCUGGUGAGGUGUACCUGCACUGCCAAGUCCACCUGUGUGCCCACAACAACGAGACCUGUACCCCGGUGGGCCUCCCAAACACACCACACACUCAUGAACCAGCUGCUCGUCACUGGAGGACAGUUAGAACAGGACGUCUGCUGGCCUGCUGGUUCACACACAUACAAUAAUCUGUGGUCACAGCGUCCCCGAGUUCCUGCUGAGGACAUUUGUUUUACUGUCUUUCCUUGUUUCCUGUCCCCUCUGUUGUCCACUUCAAAAUAAAUGCUGAAAUGUCCCAAACAAUCUGCAUAACAAGCAGUUAGAACAACAGUUGGACCGUUCUUCCAGUUGUGACCCCAUUGACAUAAACUGCAUUCCUCUUGAACAAUCAGCUGGAACCACAUUUAUUCCAUUUAGUCCCAGGCAUUUGCUGAUGUGUAACCUGCAGGUGGCGCUGCAGCCACAUGAUAAAUUUAGUGCAGAACUUGUGCAGUAGUCCUCUGUCUCGUUGACAGUAGAGCACUACACACUACUCUGCUGUGUGUUCCAGUAUUAAACAUGUACACGAUCAAACUGAGGAACUCUGACACAACAGGUGCACCAUCAGUCCAGAAUGAAUGCA